ACCUUGUCCACGCAAAAACCUAUGGCUCAUGCUCAAGCUUUAAACCACUUUUCUUCACCUUCCCAGUAGUUGGUGCACCACAAAAAUAACAGGCCCAAAAAUAAUAAACAAAAACAUAAAAACUUUGGAAUUUCAAUUACAACGGAAAUGCUUAGGAGCAGCACCAUAGCUUUAGCACAGAGUGUAACAGUCACUGGUGUCCGUCACAGUCAUAAACUAUGGUUCCAAUCAUUUCCCAUAAAUUGUAGACUCUCUUUUGCUGCACGAAAUAACCGAUUGUUAUUCAAAGGUAAAAGAAAGACGAGUUAUAACUGUGACCAUUCUGGAAUGGGAACCUUCACCACGCGCGCUUUGGCGCAACCGCUCCAGAAUGCCGACGAACUCAUUGACUCCGUCGAGACGUUUAUCUUCGACUGUGACGGAGUUAUAUGGAAAGGUGACAGCUUAAUAGAAGGAGUGCCUGAAACGCUUGACAUGCUUCGGUCAAAGGGCAAACGAUUAGUUUUUGUCACCAAUAACUCAACAAAGUCUAGGAAGCAGUAUGGAAAGAAGUUUGAAACACUUGGCCUCGAUGUCAGCGAAGAGGAGAUUUUUGCAUCAUCUUUUGCAGCUGCUGCAUAUUUGAAGUCCAUUGAUUUCCCAAAAGAUAAAAAGGUUUAUGUCAUUGGAGAAGAUGGCAUCUUGAAGGAGCUCGAGCUUGCUGGAUAUCAGUACCUUGGUGGGCCGGAAGAUGGUGGGAAAAAGAUAGAACUGAAGCCAGGGUUUUUUAUGGAGCAUGAUGAAGAUGUUGGAGCAGUUGUUGUUGGGUUUGAUCGCUACUUCAACUACUACAAAAUCCAGUAUGGAACACUCUGCAUACGUGAAAACCCUGGAUGUCUUUUCAUUGCUACAAAUCGAGAUGCUGUUACUCAUCUCACAGAUGCUCAAGAAUGGGCAGGUGGGGGCUCUAUGGUUGGCGCUAUCAGUGGAUCUACGCAACGUGAGCCACUAGUUGUUGGAAAACCCUCAACUUUUAUGAUGGACUACUUAGCAAACAAAUUUGGCAUUUCGAAGUCGCAGAUAUGCAUGGUUGGGGACAGAUUAGAUACUGAUAUCUUGUUUGGACAAAACGGUGGUUGCAAAACUCUUCUGGUCCUCUCAGGGGUCACCACAUUGGCAAUGCUUCAGAGUCCUAACAACUCCAUUCAACCAGAUUUCUAUACCAACAAAAUUUCAGAUUUUCUUUCCCUGAAAGCUGCAGCUGUAUGACUACACACUGUAAUUGUCCCCAAAUGGAGGACAGGAGGAGGGAAAAAAAAGUCGUGUAUUCAAAGUAAAUUGAAAAUAUAUCAUAUGCAGAUCUUUUCCAAAGAAAGAGAAAAUAUUAUUUUUAUGUAACAAGAUUUUAUGAUUUUAUUUUAGUUAUGCAAGAAGCUAUUUCUUAUUUAAAAUUAACCAAUCAGAAAAUUAAAAGAUCCUUUAGAGGAUGGUUG